AUGCCCCCAAAGAGAGAUAUGGAAUACGACAGCAUGUCCGACUCGGACGAAGAAAUGUCUGAUGGAAACCUCUGCAAGAAGUCGAGAUAUCAAAAAGGAAGUACCGAGUAUACCAAGAGAAGAGAAAGAAAUAACAUAGCUGUCAGGAAAAGUCGCGAGAAGAGCCGUGCCAAAGCGAAGGAAACAAGUGAGCAAGUAAAUAGGCUUCGUAGUGAGAAUGAAAUGCUGGAACAGAAAGUUCAAAUUCUGUCCAAGGAACUAAGUGUUUUAAAGGAUUUGUUUUUAGCCCAUGCUGGAUCAGUUUCCCAGAGCUGUGCAGGCAGCAACAACACUAAAGAAGAGGCCUCGACAGACCACGAGUACUCCAAGAUGAAUUCCCAGUGA